AUGGCUGCCAGUGACUCAAAGGCUCCAAUUCGAAGUGUCAAGCGGGUACAAUUUGGUAUAUUGUCCGCGGACGAAUGCCGUCGUAUGUCAGUCACAGAAGGAGGAAUUCGUUUUGCAGAGACAAUGGAAGGUGGACGUCCCAAACUUGGGGGACUCAUGGAUCCCCGACAAGGUGUUAUUGAUCGUUUUUCAAGAUGUCAAACAUGUGCAGGUAACAUGACUGAGUGCUGUGGACAUUUUGGCCAUAUUGAACUAGCUAAGCCUGUGUUUCAAAUAGGUUUUAUUACUAAAGUCAUAAAGAUUUUACGCUGUGUGUGUUUUUAUUGUUCCAAAUUAUUAGUUAGCCCUACUCAUCCAAAAAUAAAAGAAAUUGUGAUGAAAUCAAAAGGACAGCAAAGAAAACGUUUAGCAUUUGUUUAUGAUUUAUGUAAAGGUAAACAUAUUUGUGAAGGUGGUGAUGAACUUGACAUUAAUAAAGAUAACGUCAAUGAUCCUAAUAUGCCUCCCAAAAAACAAGGUCAUGGUGGUUGUGGUCGAUAUCAACCUACUAUACGGCGGACUGGUUUGGAUUUAACUGCUGAAUGGAAGCAUGUGAAUGAAGAUUCUCAAGAAAAAAAAAUACCUCUGACUGCUGAGCGUGUGCUUGAAAUUUUAAAACACAUUACCGAUGAAGAAGUCGUAAUUUUGGGUAUGGAUCCUAGAUUUGCGCGUCCUGAUUGGAUGAUAUUAACAGUAUUACCUGUUCCUCCUUUACCUGUUCGUCCAGCUAUCGUUAUGUUUGGAUCAAUGAGAAAUCAAGAUGAUUUGACUCAUAAAUUGUCAGACAUAAUUAAAUGUAAUAAUGAAUUAAUCCGUAAUGAACAAUCUGGUGCUGCUACUCAUAUUAUAGUUGAGAAUAUUAGAAUGUUACAAUAUCAUGUUGCUACUUUAGUAGAUAAUGAUAUGCCUGGUUUACCAAGGGCAAUGCAAAAAUCUGGUAAGCCACUGAAAUCAAUUAAAGCCCGGUUGAAAGGUAAGGAAGGUAGAAUACGAGGAAAUUUAAUGGGAAAGCGUGUUGAUUUCUCUGCUCGAACUGUUAUCACUCCUGAUCCAAAUUUACGAAUUGAUGAAGUUGGUGUACCUCGUACUAUUGCACAAAACAUGACAUUUCCUGAAAUUGUUACUCCAUUUAACAUUGAUCAUAUGUUGGAAUUGGUUCGCCGUGGUAACUCCCAAUAUCCUGGGGCUAAAUAUAUUAUACGUGAUAAUGGUGAAAGAAUAGAUUUACGGUUUCACCCAAAACCAUCAGAUUUACAUUUACAAUGUGGUUAUAAAGUUGAAAGACAUAUCAAAGAUGGUGAUUUAGUAGUUUUUAACAGACAGCCCACUUUACACAAAAUGAGUAUGAUGGGUCAUAGAGUAAGAGUUUUACCAUGGUCUACAUUUCGUAUGAAUUUGAGUUGUACAUCUCCUUAUAAUGCUGAUUUUGAUGGCGAUGAAAUGAAUCUUCAUGUUCCACAAUCAAUGGAAACAAGAGCUGAAGUAGAAAAUAUUCAUAUUACUCCUAGACAAAUCAUUACUCCUCAAGCUAAUAAACCUGUAAUGGGAAUAGUUCAAGAUACUUUGACAGCUAUAAGAAAAAUGACUAAAAGGGAUGUUUUUCUUGAGAAGGAACAAAUGAUGAACUUAUUGAUGCAUUUGCCAAUUUGGGAUGGAAAAAUGCCUACUCCGUGUAUUCUUAAACCUAAGCCAUUAUGGACAGGAAAACAACUUUUUUCAUUGAUUAUUCCUGGAAAUGUCAAUUUGAUACGUACCCAUUCCACUCAUCCGGAUGAUGAAGAUAAUGGACCUUAUAAAUGGAUAUCUCCUGGUGAUACAAAAGUUAUGGUCGAGCAUGGUGAAUUAGUGAUGGGUAUAUUAUGUAAAAAAACCUUAGGUACAUCAGCUGGGUCUUUGCUUCACAUUUGUAUGUUAGAAUUAGGACAUGAAGUAUGUGGACGGUUCUAUGGUAAUAUUCAAACUGUGGUUAAUAAUUGGCUUUUAUAUGAAGGUCAUUCUAUUGGUAUUGGUGAUACUAUUGCCGAUCCCCAAACCUAUUUAGAAAUUCAAAAAGCUAUUAAAAAAGCCAAAGAAGACGUUAUAGAAGUAAUACAAAAAGCUCAUAAUAUGGAUCUUGAGCCAACACCAGGUAAUACUCUUCGUCAGACUUUUGAAAAUCAAGUAAACAGAAUAUUAAACGAUGCUCGUGAUAAGACUGGAGGUUCUGCUAAAAAAUCAUUGACAGAAUACAAUAAUCUCAAGGCUAUGGUUGUUGCUGGAUCUAAAGGUUCCAAUAUUAAUAUUUCUCAGGUAAUUGCUUGUGUGGGACAACAAAAUGUAGAAGGCAAACGUAUACCAUUUGGAUUUCGUAAACGUACUCUUCCACAUUUCAUUAAGGAUGAUUAUGGUCCGGAAUCGAGAGGUUUUGUUGAAAAUUCAUAUCUUGCCGGAUUAACACCUUCAGAAUUUUACUUUCAUGCCAUGGGUGGGCGUGAAGGUCUUAUUGAUACUGCUGUAAAAACUGCUGAAACUGGUUAUAUUCAAAGACGUUUAAUCAAAGCUAUGGAAUCUGUUAUGGUUCACUAUGAUGGGACUGUCCGUAACUCUGUUGGUCAAUUGAUUCAGUUACGUUAUGGAGAAGAUGGUUUAUGUGGAGAGACAGUAGAAUUCCAAAAUAUUGCUACUAUAGAACCAUCGCACAAGAAAUUUGAGGAUGAAUUUAAAUUUGAUGUUUCAAAUGAAAGACAAAUGAGAAAAAUAUUUACUGAGGAUGUUUUAAAAGACUUAAUGGGCAGUAAUGAUACUGUUGCUGAAUUGGAAAAGGAAUGGGAACAAUUAAAUAAUGAUAGAGAUACUUUAAGAGAAAUAUUUCCUUCUGGUGAAAGCAAAGUGGUGUUACCUUGUAAUUUAAAACGUAUGAUUUGGAAUGUACAAAAAAUUUUUCACAUAAACAAACGAGGACAAACAGAUUUGAAUCCUAUAAAAGUUCUACGAGGAGUUCGAGAUCUGUUGGGAAAGUGUAUUAUUGUAGCAGGAGAAGACCAGUUAAGCAAGAAAGCCAAUCAAGAUGCUACAUUAUUAUUUCAAUGUUUGGUACGAUCUACUCUGUGCACUAAGCUUGUAUCUGAAAGAUUUCGUUUAUCUUCUGAAGCAUUUGAAUGGUUAAUUGGUGAAAUUGAAAAUAGAUUUAAACAAGCCCAGGCACAACCUGGUGAGAUGGUUGGAGCAUUGGCUGCUCAAAGUUUGGGAGAACCUGCUACUCAAAUGACAUUGAAUACUUUCCAUUUUGCUGGUGUAUCUUCAAAGAAUGUAACUCUUGGAGUGCCUAGAUUAAAGGAAAUCAUCAAUAUAAGUAAAAAUCCAAAAGCACCUUCACUGACUGUAUUUUUGACUGGAACAGCUGCUAGAGAUGCAGAAAAAGCUAAAAAUGUACUUUGUCGACUCGAACACACAACAUUGAGAAAAGUUACCGCUAACACUGCUAUUUAUUAUGAUCCUGAUCCUCAAAAUACAGUUAUUAGAGAAGAUCAAGAGUUUGUAAAUGUAUAUUAUGAAAUGCCUGACUUUGAUCCUUCAAGAAUUUCACCAUGGUUGUUGCGAAUUGAGUUGGAUAGAAAAAGAAUGACUGAUAAAAAAUUGACUAUGGAAGCAAUAUCUGAAAAGAUCAAUGCUGGUUUUGGUGAUGAUCUCAAUUGCAUAUUUAAUGAUGAUAAUGCUGAUAAAUUAAUUUUACGUAUUCGUAUAAUGAAUGGUGAAGAUGGAAAAAUGAAUGGCGGUGAUGAUGAAGACACUGUUGAUAAAAUGGAAGAUGACAUGUUUCUUAGAUGUAUUGAAGCUAACAUGUUGUCUGAUAUGACACUACAAGGAAUAGAAGCUAUAGCUAAAGUUUACAUGCAUUUGCCUCAAACUGAUUCCAAAAAAAGAAUAAUAAUCACUGAUGUUGGGGAAUUUAAAGCAAUUGCUGAUUGGUUAUUAGAAACUGAUGGUACAAGUCUAAUGAAAGUGUUGAGUGAAAGAGAUGUUGAUCCUGUGAGAACAUUUUCAAAUGACAUUUGUGAAAUAUUUUCGGUUUUGGGUAUUGAAGCUGUUCGUAAGUCAGUUGAAAAAGAAAUGAAUACUGUGUUGCAGUUUUAUGGUUUAUAUGUAAACUAUCGGCAUUUGGCAUUGUUGUGUGAUGUAAUGACUGCUAAAGGUCAUUUGAUGGCUAUUACUCGACAUGGUAUCAACAGACAAGAUACUGGAGCAUUAAUGAGAUGUUCAUUUGAAGAAACAGUUGAUGUAUUAUUAGAUGCUGCUUCACAUGCGGAAGUUGAUCCAAUGAGAGGUGUAUCAGAAAACAUAAUUAUGGGACAGUUACCUAGAAUGGGAACAGGUUGUUUUGAUUUACUUUUGGAUGCUGAAAAGGCUAAGGAUGGUAUAGAAAUACCAAUGGAUAAUGGUUACAUGGGUGUAGGUGGUGGUGGUAUGUUCAUGGCAGCUGGCACACCAUCAAUGUCACCUGCUAUGACUCCAUGGGAUCAAACAUCUACCCCAGUUUAUCAAAAUAGUAGCUGGCAAUCAAAUGUGGACGCUGGCAUGACUCCUGGUGGUCCUGGAUUUUCUCCUGCUGGAUCAAGUGAAGCUAGUGGAACAUCUCCAUUCUGGAUGACGAGUGGAGGAACUCCAGGCAGUCCUGGAUCGCCAGGCAUGGCAACUAGUCCUUAUGUGCCUAGUCCUAGUUCUAUGUCACCAAGCUACAAUUAUCCAUCUAGUCCACAGUUUGGUUCUAUGUCUCCAUCUAUGACUCCCACUAAUUAUUCACCAACAAGUCCACAAUACUCAGCUACGCAACAAAAUACUCCAAAAUACUCUUCUAUGUCUCCUAACUUCAACUAUUCACCAACUAGUCCAUCAUAUUCACCAACUAGUCCUUCGUACUCUCAUACUUCGUAUUCACCAACAAGUCCUUCGUAUAGCCCAACAUCUCCAUCAUACAGUCCUACAUCACCUUCUUAUAGUCCAACUUCUCCAUCGUAUAGUCCAACAUCGCCAUCAUAUAGCCCUACAUCUCCUUCAUACAGCCCAACCAGUCCUUCAUAUAGCCCUACAUCUCCUUCAUAUAGUCCAACUUCUCCAUCGUACAGCCCAACGUCUCCAUCGUAUAGCCCUACUUCACCAUCUUAUAGUCCAACUUCACCAUCUUAUAGUCCGAGUUCUCCACAAUAUACUGCAUCAUCACCAUCAUAUACACCUAGUGCUACAUCAGGUGUCAGUAAUUACAAAUACUCGCCUACUUCACCCUCUUUAGCGGUCAGCCCAACAUAUUCCCCAACCAGUCCAAUGUAUUCACCAUCAAAUGCUUCAUAUUCUCCAUCUUCUGUGCAACAUACACCAAAUGCUGGAAAUACGCAAUACAACCAAUCUUAUAGCCCUAGUUCACCGGUUUAUUCACCUACUAACUUUUCAUUAGCAAGUCCCAGGUAUUCUCCAACUUCACCAACUUAUUCUCCUGGUGUUGGAAGCCCAAAUUAUUCUCCGUCGUCACCAAAUUAUUCGCCGACGUCUCCAAAUCCAAGUGGACCUGAUGAAAAUUAA